GCUAACUUUCCAAAUGGUAAACAGAAGCGGUUGUUUCAUUCAGAUAGAAGGCACUCAGAGCUGAGUGGUCUCUAAGAUAGCUUUCAAUUCGUUAAAACAAAGGUGGGAACAUACUUGUCUAGUAUUUCCUCUUUCAAGUCUGUAAACACCACCUGACCAUGAAGCUCCUGUUUCUAUUUCUCGUUUUUGUCCCGGCCUGUGUGCUGGGUCAGUCCGCCUGUGACCAACUGAGUAUGGUCAGCAGGGCCGGCUGGGGCGCAGUCCCACCCAGGGCCACCACCCCACUCAGCCACCCGACGCAGAAAGUUGUGAUUCACCACAGCGACAGCUACUGGACGUACCUGUUCAACUGGGGAGGGUACAGCGACCAGAACGAGUACAUGGACAGGGUGAGGGAAAUCCAACAGGACCAUAUGGACAAAAACUAUGACGACAUUGGUUAUAACUUUCUCAUUGACGGGUACGGCAACGUGUACGUGGGUCGCGGAUGGGACAAUAAGGGCGCACACACGGCCUGUUGUAACUCCAUCGCUAUUGGCAUCAACUUCAUCGGGUACUUCGUAGACGACCUGCCGACUAGUGCAGCUCUUGAGGCCGGGAAAAACCUGAUCGCCUGCGGAGUGGCAAUGGGGAAGAUCAGGAGCGGAUACGACCUGAACUGUCACUCCGAUCUCGGGGCCGCAAAUGGGGACACGGAAUGUCCUGGUGCAGCUCUGUGUGGCUAUGCUAAGGGACACUUCCCUGGCCUGUAGAAUUAAUAUGGCCACAUGUGCACCUGAUGCAUAUAUAUGCAUGUAAAACGAAUGUUACGCUUUUGUUUUUCCAUGCAGUAUAGUUGCAAGAUGAUAUUUCCUUUUGUGGUCUCUCUUCAUUCCAAUUGUUACAUGCUUCUUCACACCAGCUCGACGAUUAAACGUAGACAAGAACAAGUGACCGUAGGUAA